AUGUCGAGGGCAGGCGCGUCCUGCUUAUUAUUUCGCAGCCGACCGGCAUUUUCCGGCCCGGCGAAGCGCGUUAUAUUCACCUCGAGUGGCGCAUCCGAAGGCAGAGCUGUGCGAGCUCGCAGGUGGCUCGGAAGAGCGACCAAUACCUGCCUCGGGAUCCUGACCGGAGCAGCCGCGACCGUCCUCUAUGCGCUCGACAGAUCGGUCUUGGAAGCGGGCCACCUGUCGGUUCACCCGGCGGAUCAUCCCUGGACUUUUCGCGGAGCUCUGUCCUCUCUCGACCACUCGGCGAUUCGUCGUGGCUGGCAGGUCUACAAAACCGUCUGUUCCGCCUGUCACAGCAUCAAGUACGUCUCCUUCAAGGAUCUCGUCGACGUCUGCUUCACCGAAGAGGAAGCUCGCGACAUCGCCGCCGAAUACGAGGUCGAAGACGGCCCCGACGAGAACGGCGAGUACUCGACUCGGCCUUGCAAGCUUCCAGACCGCGUGCCCUCGCCUUACCCCAACGAAGAAUCAGCUCGAGCCGCCAACAACGGCGCCUACCCCGUCGACCUCAGCUACGUGGUCAACGCUCGGCCCCGAGGCCGCGACUACGUCUUCGGCCUCCUCACCGGCUACACGGAACCACCGGCUGGCGUGGAGCUCCGAGAUGGCCAGGCCUUCAAUCCGUACUUCGAAGGCGGCUCCAUCGGCAUGGCCGAGAUGCUGCAGGACGGUCUGGUGGACUACGACGACGGUACACCGGCCUACAAGUCGCAGAUGGCCAAGGACGUGGUCGAAUUCCUCGUGUGGACGUCCAAUCAGGACUGGGACUGUCGGAAACUCCUCUGCUUCAAGGGCGUCUGCAUUGGAUUCCUACUGGUCGCUUCGAUCUACCCGAUUUUCAGGCAGAGGAUGAACUUGCACAGAAACACCAGGAUCUGCUUCGUACCGAGGAAAAAACCUUGCGAGCGGAAGGAAUGCGAGUGA